AGGAAACAGAGCUCGAGGCUCUCAAUAAUGCCACAUAAAACACAACACCAAAGCCUUUAUAACUCUUUCUGGGGUUUUUAAUUCUCUCAACGAACAAAAAAAAAAACUCAACUAAUAUUCUCCAUCCUCUUUCUUCAGAUUUAAGAGAAACCUUAUCGUUAUAUUCUCUCUUCUCUUUUCUUUUUGACUCCCACAAGAAGAAAGCAAAUUUCUUUUUCUCAGGAUUGCUUGAAAACUGUAGAAAUCUUUAAGGUUUUUUUACACCAAUAAGAGUCAGAGAGAGAGAGAGAGAGAGAAAGAGAGAUCUAUUCAUAAAAAAGACAGGUAAUCUCAACUCCGAGGAGAUAACUGAUAUAACAAUUUGAGAGAAUAAGAAGAAGAAGAAGAAGAAGACCAAGCUAAAGAAUGGUUGCUUUUUUAUCAGCUUGGCCUUGGGAAAACUUUGGCAAUCUCAAGUAUCUUCUCUACGCUCCAUUAGCUGCACAAGUAGUGUACUCGUGGGUCUAUGAAGAAGAUAUCUCAAAGGUUCUUUGGUGUAUUCAUAUUCUCAUAAUCUGCGGUCUCAAAGCACUUGUUCAUGAACUAUGGAGCGUUUUCAACAACAUGCUUUUCGUGACUCGUACUCUAAGGAUUAACCCUAAAGGGAUCGACUUUAAACAGAUUGAUCACGAAUGGCACUGGGACAAUUACAUAAUCCUACAAGCAAUAAUAGUGAGCCUGAUCUGUUACAUGUCACCACCAUUGAUGAUGAUGAUAAACAGUCUUCCUCUGUGGAACACGAAAGGACUCAUCGCAUUAAUUGUGCUACAUGUGACUUUCUCAGAGCCUUUAUACUACUUUCUGCACAGAUCUUUCCAUCGUAACAACUACUUCUUCACACAUUACCACUCUUUCCACCACUCAUCUCCUGUUCCACAUCCCAUGACUGCUGGAAACGCAACGUUAUUGGAAAACAUUAUCCUCUGUGUCGUAGCUGGUGUUCCAUUGAUUGGAUGUUGCUUGUUUGGUGUUGGAUCAUUAAGUGCGAUCUACGGUUACGCUGUUAUGUUUGAUUUCAUGAGGUGUUUAGGACAUUGUAACGUUGAGAUAUUCUCUCACAAGCUGUUCGAGAUUCUUCCAGUCUUACGAUAUCUCAUCUAUACUCCAACGUACCAUAGUCUGCAUCAUCAAGAAAUGGGGACCAACUUUUGUCUAUUUAUGCCUCUCUUUGAUGUUUUGGGCGAUACACAAAACCCAAACUCAUGGGAACUCCAAAAGAAGAUUCGUUUGAGUGCAGGGGAACGGAAGAGAGUGCCGGAGUUUGUGUUCUUAGCUCACGGAGUUGAUGUAAUGUCGGCGAUGCAUGCACCGUUCGUGUUCAGAUCUUUUGCUUCAAUGCCAUAUACCACAAGGAUAUUCUUGCUACCGAUGUGGCCAUUCACGUUCUGUGUUAUGUUGGGCAUGUGGGCUUGGUCAAAGACUUUUCUUUUCAGCUUCUAUACCCUCAGGAACAAUCUUUGUCAGACUUGGGGCGUUCCUAGAUUCGGAUUCCAAUACUUCUUACCGUUUGCUACAAAAGGAAUUAAUGAUCAAAUUGAGGCUGCGAUUCUUAGAGCUGAUAAGAUUGGUGUUAAAGUUAUAAGCUUGGCUGCUCUCAACAAGAACGAAGCUCUAAAUGGUGGUGGAACACUGUUUGUCAACAAGCAUCCUGACCUUAGAGUUCGUGUGGUUCAUGGGAACACUUUAACUGCAGCAGUGAUUCUCUAUGAAAUUCCAAAAGAUGUGAAUGAGGUUUUCUUGACUGGAGCCACUUCUAAGCUGGGAAGAGCUAUUGCUCUUUACCUUUGUCGCCGUGGAGUGAGAGUUCUCAUGUUGACAUUGUCUAUGGAAAGGUUCCAAAAGAUUCAGAAAGAGGCUCCUGUUGAGUUCCAGAACAACCUUGUACAAGUGACCAAAUACAAUGCUGCUCAACACUGCAAGACUUGGAUCGUUGGAAAAUGGUUAACACCAAGAGAGCAGAGCUGGGCUCCUGCAGGGACGCAUUUCCAUCAGUUUGUGGUGCCACCAAUCCUUAAGUUUAGAAGGAACUGCACUUACGGUGAUCUAGCAGCUAUGAAGCUCCCUAAAGAUGUUGAAGGACUCGGAACUUGCGAGUACACGAUGGAGAGAGGGGUGGUACAUGCGUGCCAUGCAGGAGGAGUGGUUCAUAUGCUUGAGGGUUGGAAGCAUCAUGAGGUUGGAGCCAUUGAUGUUGACCGUAUCGAUUUGGUGUGGGAAGCAGCCAUGAAGUAUGGUCUUAGUGCUGUUUCUUCACUCACAAAUUGAGUGAAGAGAGAGACACGUUUCAUUGUUGUCUUUUGACUCUCCCAAGAUUGGUCAUUCUUUGUACAGGUGAAAGGAGAUGCAAGCAGGAAAAAAAAGUAGAAUUUCACCUUAUGUAUUGUUUUAUCUUUUAUUAAUGAUGUAUUACUUUCUUUUUAGAUUUCCUUAAUAUUAAUAUAUGCACCUAAUUUCCAAGAAAAUUCAACAAAGCUUUUAAUUAUCCAGCUUGAUUUGCUUCUCUGUUUGGCACUUACACAAUCAGACGACAAAGUGUCUUCAAUGUUGCUG